AGCGGCGGCUGCUGGGGGAGGAAGGCAGGGAGGAGGAGCCGUGAGCCGCGGCGGUGGCGGCGGCUGCUGCAGCCGCCUGGGGAGCCCAGCCCAGUGCCGCCUGGGGCUGCGGGAAGUGCGGGGAGACGGAGCGAUCGGUCGAGCCCGGGCGGCGGGGCCGAGCAGCGGAUUGGCCAACGGCUCCUUUCAACCCUGCCUCGUUGGUGGCCACUGGAGAAGCGCGGGGGGCUCCCCAGACAGCCGUGGGGACAAGUUAGAGCCAGCACUUUACCCCGGGCCUCGCGUGUAGCUUUCCCUCCCCUGUUCUAGGUGCCCCAGUGUCCAGAGGGGGGUGCGGGUGUGCCCUCCUUAAUGUUCCACCGCCCGGGCAACCCUUCGGUCUCGUGUUCCAUCUCGCUCUUGCUUCCUGUACCGUAGUCAAGUGGAGCCACUUUGCAUCAUGUCCCGGUAUAGCUACCAAAGUCUCCUGGACUGGCUCUAUGGGGGUGUCGACCCCAGUUUUGCAGGCAAUGGGGGCCCCGACUGUGCUGCCUUCCUGUCUUGGCAGCAGCGGCUGCUGGAAAGUGUGGUGGUCCUGACCCUGGCCCUGUUGGAGAUCCUGGUGGCCCUUCGGCACAUCCUGAGGCAGACGGAGGACGGUAGGGGUGGCCGUGGCAGCCAGCCACAGCAGGUGACCCAGCGGCCAGAGGAAGGCAAGGAGAGCCUGAGCAAGAAUCUGCUCUUAGUAGCCCUGUGCCUGAUCUUCGGGGUGGAGGUGGGCUUUAAGUUCGCCACCAAGACCGUCAUCUACCUGCUCAACCCUUGUCACCUGGUCACCAUGAUGCAUAUCUUCCUCCUGGCCUGCCCUCCAUGUCCGGGAGCUAUCGUCAUCUUCAAGUUACAGAUGCACAUGUUGAAUGGAGCUCUUCUGGCAUUGCUGUUUCCUGUGGUAAAUACCCGGCUGCUCCCCUUUGAACUGGAGAUAUACUACAUCCAGCAUGUUAUGCUCUACGUGGUCCCCAUCUACCUGCUUUGGAAAGGAGGUGCUUACACCCCAGAGCCCCUCAGCAGUUUCCGGUGGGCUCUUCUCUCGACGGGUCUCAUGUUCUUUUACCACUUCAGCAUCCUGCAGAUCCUCGGCCUGACAAGUGGUUUUGGGGACACAAUACUGAGGAGGCCAAGUACACCUGCAUCAGGAAGACCAUUGUGCCAAAUGAAGGAGAGAGAGCCAGACAAACCAGACCGGGCCAGGUCCAACAGCUCUGGUUUUUUUUCAUUAUUGUUGUUUGUUUUGUUUUGUUUUUAUUUGUUUCCCAACCACAGCCUAGAAAGACAGCUCAGUCUGGUUCCCUAAGGAACUUUAGGUUAGUCAACCGCCAGACAUGAGGUGAGCUGGCAGCAGCAGUAGCAGAGAGGAGGCAGAGCCUAGCCUGUCCAGAAGCGUCUAGGUUGACGUAAGUGCUUGUCUGGCCCACACAGAGGAAGGCAGUGAUUUCCUGGCUUUCUCAAGGUGGAGGAAGGGGAGCCAGUGGGCCUUUCAAGGAAAACCAAUGGUUUGACCUGAGUCAGCUUGAACCCUGGGUAUUUCCAAUAGCCUGAGCAGUUGCCGGCUGCUAAAAGCCUGGCUGCCUUGCAAGUUAAGCUUGGCCCAUUAUAACCUUCAGGUCAUGCUCGUCCAGAAGGAAAAAGGCGUGUCUGCAGCAAACCUGGGAUACUUGGAGUCAAGAAACAGCUUUUGGCCAUUUUUCCCCUAGAGGGUUUAGCAAGAUCUGAUCAUCCUGGAUUAGAGCUGCCCUCACGUAACUGGGUUAAAGUGUUGGCCUACUUAGGCCCCUCCUGCUGUGGCCUCCUUCAAAGCUGAUGAGGCCGAUUAGGGGGCUAUUUCUGAGCACUAGUCAUGUACCCACAAGCCUGGGAGCAGUCUUCCCCUGACUAGAAAGACAAUAACCAUGGCUGAGGCAGAGUCUGUCGUGCCUGUAGGAAAGCACUGCUGUCAGACACACCACGAGUCUUGGGAAAGCGAGUAAGGGCUCAGAUAAGUCAGGGCUGUGGAUAUUGACCUUACUAAACCAGACCAACCUGUCAGCUUCCAGAUACAGACCUACAAAACCGACCAAGAAAUUCAUUUUCAGGAAUGGACUUAGUCCUGUACCUUUACUAUCUUCAUUUGUAGAGAGAGAUGGUAGGCCUUCAACAACAGCAGCCACUAGCCUCCACUCAGGAGAGUCUCUGCCUUCGAGGAAGAUUGCUGUCUUAACCUAUCUGAGCCUCAGUUUGAUCAUUCACAAGAAAACAGCAAUAGUACCCACUUCAGAGCACUAUCAUAAGGAUCUAGUAGAGUACAUAAAACACCUGGUGCAGGGCCUCACAGCCUAUUUUAGGAACUGCUUCCAUCAGUGCUUAGCAUCACCACUAUCAUCAGCAUCACCACUACCAUCAGCAUCACCACUACUAUCAGCAUCACCCCUACCAUCAGCAUCACCACCAUCAGCAUCACCAUCACCACCACCAUCAGCAUCAUCACCACCAUCACCAUCACCACCACCAUCAGCAUCACCCCUACGAUUAGCAUCACCACCACCAUCAGCAUCACCACCACCAUCAGCAUCACCAACACCAUCACCAUCACCACCACCAUCAGCAUCACCCCUACCAUCAGCAUCACCUCUACCAUCAGCAUCACCACCACCAUCAGCAUCACCACCACCAUCAGCAUCACCACCACCAUCAGCAUCACCCCUACCAUCAGCAUCACCACCACCAUCAGCAUCACCACCACCAUCAGCAUCACCAACACCAUCACCAUCACCACCACCAUCAGCAUCACCCCUACCAUCAGCAUCACCCCUACCAUCAGCAUCACCACCACCAUCAGCAUCACCACCACCAUCAGCAUCACCACCACCAUCAGCAUCACCACUACCAUUGCCACCACCAUAACCAUCAUUGUCAUCACCAUCAUCUUCAUCAAGACCAAUAGUGACUGGUAGAAAGCUCAGUCUCUGGAGCCCAACAAGCUUGAUUUGAAUCCUGGCUUUGCCACUUUAGGUAGCCAUGUAUAAGGGACAACUUGUUUGAAUUUCAUUCUUACUUUGUAAAAUGGAAAAAAAAUCAUCAGGCUAUUGAAAAAUGUACAAUAUGAUUCUUAGUUCACAGGAUGCAUUUAAUUGGUGUUGACUUAUUAUAAUUGUUAAAAAGGAAUGAUCAUGAAGAGUUGUGCCUAAAUGUUUAUGGUUGUGGGAAUGAAUAUGCAAAGCAAGGGAUACUUAGUGUAGUUGAAGCAUUCAUAUGAUAUUUUAAUUGUGGAUACACUUCUCAAUACAUCAUCACACCUGAAGGACACGCAAUACCAGCAGUGUACCCUCCUAAUGUAAACUAUAGACUUGGACUAAUAAGUAUGUGACAGUGUGGGCCCUUCAGAUGCUGCAAAUGUAUCAUUCUGGUGCAGGAUGCUGAUGGUAGGGAAGACUGUGAAGGGGAAGGGGAACUUUCUCUUCAAUUUUCAUGCAAAAUUAAAACUCUUCUAAACAAUAAAAUCUGUUUUAGAGGGAGAUUCGGAAAGGAGAUUAGCUAGAUGUUAAAUAUGUUCCUAUGGUAGUCAUUAAAAAAUAACUAAAAAAUAUAGAAAAAAAGGAAACAGGGAAGGAAUCAAAAGGAUAUACUGCAAAAAUACACCACAUCCAACACAAAAUAAGGUAGUAACUGGAAGAAUCGAGAAACAAAAGAAAUGGAAGAUAUAUGGAAAAAUUACACAAUGGCAGAAUUAAAUAGUUAAUUAUCAAUACUCACUUUAAAUAUAAGUGAAGGAAAUUCAACUAAAAUACAGAUAAUGGAAGGUUGUAUUAAAAACUUUCUGGGGCUGGAGAGGUGGCUCAGAUGUUAACAGUAGUUAACUUCACACUCUUGCAGAAGAUCUGAGUUUGUUUCUCAGCACCCACGUCAGGAGGCUCACAACCAUCUGUAAUUCCAGCUCCAAGGGAUCCGACACUUCUGUCCUCUGAAGGCACCUGCCUACAUAUGGCGUACGCAGAUAUACGUACACAUAAAAGAGCACGUCCAUGCAAAUAAUAACCACAACGAAGCUGAAGUGGUCGCUACACUAAUAUGAGCCAUAAUCAAUCAAUUUUUAAGUAAAAACUUAUAAGAAACAAAGUACCCCAGGUGGUGGUGAUGCGUGCCUUUAAUCUCACCACUCGGAGGCAAAAGCUGGUGGAUCUCUGUGAGUUUGAGGCCAGCCUGGUUGGUCUACAGAAUGAGUUGCAGGACAGCUAGGACUACACAGAGAAACCCUGUCUUGAAAAAUCAAGCAAGCAAACAAACAAAAGAAACAAAGUACAUUUUAUUGAUAAGAGGAAUAAAUAAUAGUGAAGAUACAGCAAUUGAAAAUAUGUAUGCACCAAACAGUCUCUAUCACAUAGUUGGAUGGUAGGUUUUGUCGUAAGUGCUUUUUAUCAUGGCAAAGAGUUUGCCUUCCAUUCUGAAUUUGCCACGUUUUCAUUAUGAAAGGGUGUUGACUCUUGUCAAAUUCAUUCUCUGAUUUUGCCAAGGGGAGAAUGUUUUUUUCCUUGUCCAAUAAAAGACUGAAAGUUUUUCUCCUAAGAUCAGGAAGACCCGUUUAUUCUUUGCACCUCUGCUAUCAACUGGGAAUCUUAGCCAGAGUAGUUGAGCAAAAGUGUUUGUUCCCCGAGAUAGUUUUGUUUCUGCUAUCAUUACUAUAUAUAUGCAUAUAUAUGUGUAUAUAAUCUAGGAAUUGCAAAUUAGAGAAAUGGAACUUAAAAUAUAUGACAUUUUCUUUUCUUAGAUGGACUUAAUCCCCCACUUGUACCCAUUUUCCUGCAAACAACAUGGUUUCACUUUUCUCUAUGGCUGAAAGAAUAUAUGAAUAUCAGAAUAUAUGCCGCACAAAAAUAUUAAUAAAAGAGGACAUGAAUCUAGGAAGGAGAUGUGUUAGGGGGCAGUGGGUAGUUGGGGGAUGGGGUGGAAAUGAUCAAGAUAGAUUGCAUACUAAGAAUAAUGAAAAAUGGAUCUAUAAAGGAAAAAAGAAGGAAAGCCAUCUAAAUUUGAAAAUUAGGAAAAAGUAGGGGCUGGAAAGAUGGUUUAGUCAAGUAAAGUACUUACCUCUCAAACAAGGGGCCUGAGUCUGUCCCUAAAACCUGUGCAAAAAAUGCCAGGCAUGGUAGCACGUGCUUGUAAUCUCAGCACUGGGGAAACAGAGACAGGAGAUCCUUAGAACUCACUGGCUAGCCAGUUUGACUUAUUUGGUGAGCUCCAGACCAAUGAGAGACCCUGUAUCAAAGGAGGUAGAUGGCAGUCUUGAGAAUGAUACCUGUUGUCCUCUGACAUACAUGUGCAUGUGUGUGAGCACAUAUACACAUACAAAAGGAAAAGCAAAACUGUAUGUGGACAAUAUCAUUAUAUUAAUAUAUAAAUAAAUCCCAUAAAACAUAGCCGCUCAAUUAUGGGAGUCAAUAAAUACAUUCAGCAAGAUUGUAGGAUAUAAAAACCAACACAUCAAAAUUAGUUGUGCUUCUGUAUGCCAGGAAAAAAACAAUUUAAAAAUGAAGAAAAUCCUAUUUAUGAUAGCAUGUAAAAGCAUUUUUUAAAACCUAGGAGUAAAUGUAAUCAAGGAGGUAAACAACUUGUACACAGUAAACUACAAAAUAUUGCUCAAAUGUGUACAUAAAUAAAAUUUUGUGUGUUGAAUGAAUGGAAAAAUAGUAAGAUGGCAAUGGUCUCCAAAGCUAGCUACUGCCCCAUCAAAGUUUCCAAUCGUUAACUUUAUAUAUGGAAUCUUGAAUAUUUGAAACAGCAUUGAAAAAGGAAAAAAAUCUUUGUUUCAAAACCUACUCCAAAGUUACUGUAAUCAAGGUGAUUUAGUACUAGGAGAAAGAUAAACCAAUGGAAAACAAUAGAAAAUUCCAGAAAUAAUCCUAAACCUUUAUCAUCAAUUGUUUUUCAACAAGGAUGCCCAAACAAUUCAGUGGAAGAAAUGCUAUUGGGUCAGCCAUGUAACCACAUGCAGAACAAUGAAAUUUGAAUGGCUACCUCACAGUCAUACAAAAAUUAACACAUCAAAUCUUUAAAUUUAGAGGCUUAAUCAAUCUACAGGGCUAUUGGAAGAAGACAUAGGGUAAAUCUUUAGGACGCUGGUUUGGCAAUUAGUUCUUAGGUUAGAAAAAACACAAAGGAGCAAGUCAAAAACUAAUAAACUUGGAUAAAGGCUUAAUACCCUGAGUACAAAAAGAAAAAGAAUUCUUAUAACUUGGUAGAAAAAUAUAACUCACCUCCCCCC